UAUUACAUUUCUAACAGCACAAGAUUAUUUUUUUAAUAUCUAAUAAUAUGAGAUAGAAAAAAUUGUUUCGUAUUUUGCACAAUUUUAAUUUCAUAGCCAGUUUAUUAAAUAUACAGAGUGUCUCAGACUUAAACGACCAAACUACAGAGUUUAAUCUACGGGCAAAAAGACGAAAAAUGUGUUAUAUAAAUUUGUUAAUAAACACUCUGUUACAGAGUUAUAAGGAAAUAUUGUACGCGUAAAAUAGGUAACGACGCAGUUAUUGAAAUCCAGCAAAAUUCUCUUUGUAAAACUUUAAUGUAAUUAAUUUCAUUGUUUAUUGAUAUAAAGUCUGUAUCCAAGUACAAGGACAACAUUUUGAAGUGAGGAAUUAAAGAUACUAAUCAUUUUUAUUAUAUCAUAUACUAUGUUUUAUAACUAUUAACAACACGGAAUUGUCACCACAUGAUAAUAAACAUAUUAAGUUCACACAGUUUGACUACUGAUGUUUAGAAUACGCUGUAUACAUAUAAGACAACAAAUACAAAAUUGAAAUUGGUUUUAUCAGUCUUAUAUAGUAUGUUUACUGAUAACAAUAAUGAAGAUAGUAGACCAGUAACACCAUCACAGGAAGAUUGUUGCCACAGUGCAUGUGAUCCUUGUAUUUUUGAUAUACAUAAAAAAUUACUCGAAGAAUAUGAAAGAAAGAAGAAGCAGAAUAUAAAAAUCAACAACAGAUCAAAUGUAUUACAUUUAUAUGCAUACAGAAAUUUUGUGGUUUCUGGUAUACAGGAAAUAUCUGAAUGUUAUAUUUUACUUGUUUUGAAAUAUAAUGAAAAUAAUUAUAAAGAUUACAGUAUAUUAAUUGAUCCAGGACAAUAUGUUAUAUUACAUUUACAUGAUGCUGCCAAACCAUACACACCAAUUUCUUUCACAGAUGACUCUAUUGAAUUCCUAAUUAGAAUAUAUCCAAAUGGAAAAUUUAGUCAAUAUCUGGAAAGCAUAAAAGUAGGUGAUACAGUUCGUAUUAGAGGACCAUAUGGAAAUUUUAAAUAUGAAAGCAAUAGUUUUCAAACAAUUAUUAUGUUUAGUAUGGGAUCUGGGAUAACUGCAGUUUAUCCUAUAGCAAAAUCAAUUGUUGACAAUGAAUCAGAAGAGACAAAGAUUCAUCUCAUUGGAGGAUUUAAAAACAUACUGCAGAUUCCCCUAAAAAAAGAACUACAAACCUUAUCAGAUUAUUGGAACUUCAAGUGUACAUUGCACAUAUCACAAUUGCAAAAUGUUUGUAAUCUCCAUGGUAUAGAUAUAAAAUCUGGAAGAUUAAAUGAGAAAUCAAUCUUUGAAAUACUUCAAGAUAAAAUAGCUAGUACUACAUUAAUCUUAAUAUGUGGCUCUAGUCAUUUUAAUAGAUCUGUUGUACAGUGGGUAAAAUGCAUGAAUUAUAUACAUAUACACGUUUUUGAAUGAAAAUACAUGAGUCACAGAAAAGAUCAUUAUGUUAUGUAGGUUUUGUAAUUUAAUUGUAUUACCAUUUAAUGUGACAUGAUAUGCUCUCUUUGCAGUUGGGGCAUGAACCAUGAAUAUGAUCAAAUAUAACAUGAUUUCCAGCAAUCGCUUGUAACCACUGAAAAUAAAAUAAAUUUAUAAAUAUUA